ACGACUCGUUCGUCCCACAUAUCAGAUGUUUGCACUCCAUAGCAUGAAACUUUAGUCGCAGAAAUUAUGUUACGAAACUCGCCAUCCUUCGCUUUCACAACAGGGCGGAAAGCCAUCCGUUCGGCCAAUGGGAUUGCGCGCUGCUGCGUCACGUGGUCUUUAUUUAUGUAACGUAAUGGUGUUACACAGUAACCCACCUUUGUGGCCGUGGAUACGUCGAAACGGGGGUUAAAACGACUUCAAGGAACAGUGCCAAUGGGGGAAUAUUCCGGUGUGGUUCGUGUGGCCUUUAUCGAGAUCAGAGCCGCGCGUUGAAUCGAAAGCUGAGUUCCGUUUUAUUCUCGCCGUGCGUCAAAGGGGAGGACGUUAGGUGUCCCAAACCGAAGACGAAGUUGGAAUUGGACAGUGUCAAUGGAUACUAUUUUUUUUAUCUGCAAAGGAAAUUAUUAAGGUGAGGACAAUUGCUCAAAUUUAGCAGGAAAAAAAAACAAAAAACCGGUCGGCUUCGAGCUGAUGGGAAAAGACCCAUUUACUUUAUCGCUCUGGCUGUCAGUGUGUUAUGUCAAUGGUCCACGCAAUGCUCUAACACACACUCGCGUUCUCCGUCCGCAUUGCUUUGACGAAAACACACACACACACACUUGCCCUCGUGGGACGUUUUUUUUUUCUUUCCUUCUUCUUCUGGUGACAUAACCCAUCCACCAUGGAUCUGCUGGAGUGUCCCCUCUGUCUCUUCCUGAUGUGCGAGCCGGUGACCAUGUCCUGCGGACACACGUUCUGCAGGAGGUGCGCGGGGGGCUACCUCCCGUCCAAAUGCCCGUCGUGCAAAGAGAGGUUCAAACAAAAAGAGGUAAAAAGCAUGAAGAACAACGUUUUGCUCAUCGGCAUCGUGGAGAAGUGCUGCCCGGAGGAGACAAAGACCAAGUGCCAUUUACAGGAGAAGCUCAAAGCCAACGAGUUCCCGGAAGCUUUACGCAUCGCAAACGAGGGGCUGCACUUAGCCCCUAACGAUCAGAGUUUGAAGCUGUAUAGAGCCGAAGCUAACGGGGGCCUGAUGCGUUUUUCCGACGCUCUGAUGGACCUCGACGACCUCUGCUGCCUUCGUCCUAACUGGACUGAGGGCUUCUUCCGUAAAGGGAGUGUACUGCUGGAAAUUGGUCAGCAGACAGACGCCCUCAUCCAGUUCCACCGUUGCCUAAAACUUCAAGCUGACUUUGCACCUGCAAAGAGCCAGAUCAAGAAGAUUCUGGAGGUGGAGGGCAUGGCCGUGCCGGACGAGGUGUCCUGCAUCUUGCAAGUGGUGUCCGAGUACUUGAGAGGGCCGUGCCCCAUUACCAGCCUGAGUGGCUCCCAGGGGCCAUCUCAACCCAAGGGCCUCAAACAUCCACGCGGGGAAGGCGUAGAGGGAAAAGAGGGGCGAGCGGCACACCAGCAGGACAUGGGUACCGAGUGCUGCCUCAGCCUCUGCCAAGCGGUUUCCUUCCUCCCCGCGGCCGAAGAGGACGAGGAGAUGACAAUGAGGAGGGGCGAUGGGCACGGCACGGGGCGAAACCAUCAAGAAACUCUGGAAGUUCUCAGCGUGUCGGACUUUGAGUGCCCUCUCUGCAUUAGGUUGUUCUUUGAGCCGGUCACGACUCCCUGCGGUCACACCUUCUGCAAGAACUGCAUCGAGAGGAGUCUGGACCACAACCUGCGCUGUCCGCUCUGCAAACAGCCGCUACAGGAAUACUUUAAAAACAGGAAGUACAACCCCACAGUUCUGCUGCAGGACAUCAUGACCCGACUUUUCCCCUCGCCGUUGGCGGAGAGGAAGCAGGUCCAUGACGCGGAGAUGGCGGAACUGUCCAAUCUGACUACGGACAUCCCUAUAUUUGUUUGCACGGUGGCCUACCCCGGAGUCCCGUGUCCCCUGCACAUCUUUGAGCCUCGAUAUCGUCUGAUGAUGCGCCGCUGCAUGGAGACUGGCACCAAAAAAUUUGGCAUGUGCUGCUAUGAGCAUGGCAAAGGGUUUGCAGACUACGGGUGCAUGCUAGAAAUCCACAGUCUGGAGCUGCUGGCUGACGGCCGGUCCUUUGUGGACGCAGUGGGCGGCAGCAGAUUCAAAGUGCUGAAGAGAAGUCAGCGAGACGGCUACCACACUGCUGAUAUCGAGUACCUGGAAGACCUCAAGGUUGAUGGUAGUGAGUUGGAGCUUCUGGAGCAUCUCCAUGACAGUGUGUACCAGCAGGCACAGGACUGGUACCAGCGGCUUGGCAGCCGCAUUCGCGAGCAGAUCAACAGACAGUACGGCAACAUGCCCGAAAAGGAUGAAAACAUUCAGGCCUCGUCCAACGGUCCGGCCUGGUGCUGGUGGAUGCUGUCUGUCCUCCAGCUGGACCCUGCCUAUCAAACCACUGUCCUGUCCCUGAGCUCGCUCAAAGACCGCUUGGGACACCUUCGCCUCGUCCUGGAGUACUUCUCUCAGAGCUAGGCCACACAGCUCCGUGGUAUUGUGACAACGUGAGAGUCCGUGGAAACCACUGAAUGCAUCCACACCACAGAGCCAUUUCCGUCGCAAAUAUGCGCGAGCAUUCUCCUGAUGAAGACUGCUGUAAAAGGGUCUAUAGCAGAGGGAGGGAUUCUAUUACAAAACACAGUGCAGUUGUGCAGAGUUGUUUUUUUUUGCUGUUUGCAUGUCUUCUCUUUCUCACUGUUUUCUUUCCCGAGGAAUUCAAGGGUUCAGAGUUCUUUCUUGAUACACUUUGAUACACACCACAGGGUUGAGCAGAGAUACUCAUUUGGUAGGUCAAACAAAUUGUUAUUCGUGGGAUCAAGUGAAUCGGCUUAAAUGGUACUGCUGAAAACAGGCAGCAGGCGUCACUGUUGUUUCUCCAAUUCUAACGUGCGGCAUCAGCCAAGCUAGUACGGUGUGCUGCACCGCCGUGUGUUGCCUCGACCAACUCUUUGCAUGAUCGGAGCUUUGUUUGGAGUGAGACGAAACAAUAGCGCACACAAUUGGUCGAGGUUUUUUUCAGGACGAUGCACAUCACAGGAUCGAAGGCUUCGAGGGACUCCUGGUCUCUAUUUAGUAUAAAAUAUUGCAAUAAUCAUUUUUAUUUUAACACAGAAUGGCUGCAACUGGAGUACCUUUUUUUUUUUUUUAAAUGAAUGACCGGCUGUUGACGCUGUUUGUCAUCUUUUGACGUAAAGUGAACCCACGACAAUGACGAGACCGCCUCGGUUUUACAACACAAAACCCGUGUGAUGAUGCGAGGCGAUGGACGCAGUCGGCUGUAGAUGAAGAGUCGUUCUCUUUUGCUCUAUUGCCAUCUCCAUAAGAGAAUUACUAUGUUUAAAACAUCAUGAGGCGAGUGGUGUAAUUUAGCUCGCGUCGGCCUGCGGGGCGUCUGCGUAGGUCGCAUCACCUGCGUCGGGCCCCCACGCGUCUGUCCGGCCCCUGUGCCGCCGGUCGCGGACCCUUUUGAGUGCCUGGGCCAACUCCAGUCUUAGCGUUUUCUACACCACAUCUGUGACGCACUUUUUUCCCCUCUUAUCUUUGCCAUUGAUAUUUGUUGAUAAUAGUGCUACAUUCCAUGGAAUGUUGAAGCUGCAAUGUUACGUAUAGUUAAUUUCCGAACAUAUACAAACUGGGUGAAACAUAAAACGUUUUUUUUUUUUUUUUACUUAAAUGUGCCAUCAAUAUUUCUAUGUUGUGUGUUUUCAAGGAAUAGUAAGUUAAACAGGCACUGCAUUUAUGUUCGUCAUGGAAUCUGACAUUGGUCUUUGGCCCUCAUGCCUUCUGUAUAGUGGACAUUAAACUACCAUUUCUCACGGCCAGCAUAUGACUUGAAACAGUCAGAAGUAGUCCAGCAAACACCCUAAUAGAUGCAGUUUGUGUGAUACGGAACAGCAUGAUAUUGUUUCGAAUAAAAGGGUUAAACUUGAGACUUCUUUACGCACAAAAAAAUGUCCCAUAACGGGCCAGCCAAUGGAUGGGCUGAUGGCAGCAUUGUAGGAUGGGUGACAGACAACCCACUGAACACUGACCCGGGAAUUUACAAUCUACUUGAGGGCAAAUAAGCCAUCUUCUUCACCACCCUCUAAGAUCGGUUAAUCAGGUUUAGCUAACAUGCUGUAAAUGAAGUCAUCCGUGAUUGAAAUCGGCAUCAAAGACUUAAAUGUGCCAGUUAUCACAACAUGGCUCCAAAGCUAGUUUGGUUGAUUUCAUUAAUGACACCAUCAAUUAAGGUCAGUUUCUUGCUGCUACAUGACAUGAUUAUAGCUCACUCACAAAUAAAAAGGGAUUGUGAUUCUUAUAGAAUGGUGCUGAAUGACUCAUCACGGGGGGGUUGUUGAGGGGCUUCCACGCCUCCUGUUGAACAUCUCUAUAGAGGGAAUCUUUUGCCCGGUGAAAUCAUUUUGGUGCUCUCUCUCUUUAUCAAACCACGUCUCGUUUUGGUUAUCAUUGAUGCCGCCCUCCAUUGAACGGGGAAUGGGGAUGUACGUGGGCCACAGAGAUUGGUUUCAUAUUUGUCUUACUUAGCUUCAAACUGAUCCCUGCGCCAAUGUGCAAUUUCUUAUACCACGAUGAAAUGCAAAAUCCAUUUGAGAAAUAAAUGAUUGUAUACCACAGGGUUUUGAUCCAACCAUUGGCCAAUGAAAUGUCUGACUGUCAUGCAACGUUUUUAAAACUAAUGUGACAUUCAAUGUCCUCCCGUAUAAUUGGGCGAUCAGAAAAUGCCCUUGAACACAGCUGAAACAAUGUCAACCUCAGUAGACGGUAGGAAGUAGAGACACGAGUUGUUGCUACCUUCAGUCUGCGCUCAAAUCACUAUUUAAACACCCUGAAAGUGAAGCAGUUUCUAUCUGAUUCAUUUGUAUUUAAUCCUCCACCUCAAAGCCAAGGGCAUUGAGAUCUCUUGACCGGUUCAUGUUUAUUCACUUGUCCCCUGGAUGACUUUCUAAAUGUUAUUAUGAAUAAAGCUUUUCAAACACA